AUGGUUACCAUCGCUAUUCUACGACCCGCGCGCGGCACAAAGCUGUCGCAAUUCACUGCGCGCUCUCUCCAGGCCACCGCCGCCUUCGCUGCCCGCCGCUCCUUCUCCUCCUACCUCGUCACCCCCAAGGAGCUCGACGAGGCCCUCAAGAAGAACCCCCCCUCCAAGAUCAGCCCCGAACCGCGCACCAUUCCCCUUUGCGCCUCCUGGUUCCUUCCCAACGAUGGCCGCACCGGCAUUGAGGUCUACCGUCAACAGCGGAUUCCCAAGGCCCGUUUCUUCGACCUCGACAAGGUCAUUGACCGCCGUAGCGAGUACCCCCAUAUGCUGCCUUCCGCCAAGGACUUUGCAGCGGCCAUGAGCGAGCUGGGCAUCCGCAAAGAGGACACCGUCGUCGUCUACGACACCAAGGAGCUGGGCAUCUUCAGCGCCCCGCGCGUCGGCUGGACCCUCAAGAUCUUUGGCCAUCCCAAGGUCCACGUACUGAACAACUUCAAGCUCUGGGUCGAGCAAGGUCUUCCUACCGAGUCUGGCGAGCUCUAUAAUGUCGAGUGCUGUACCUACCCCAUCCCCAAGUUGGAUGAGGGUAAGGUCGCUGAGUUCGAGGAGGUGCGCGAGAUUGCGCUGGACCACAACAAGGAGGGCGCAGAGGGUGUACAGAUCCUUGAUGCGCGGUCUCCCGGCCGUUUCGCGGGCACCGAUCCGGAACCCAGGCCUGGUCUGUCGUCUGGCCACAUGCCCGGCUCCAUUAACAUCCCGAUGACCGCUGUCCUGGAUCCCGAGACCAAGACGUUCUAUCCCGCGGAGAAGCUCAAGCAGAUUUUCCAGGAGAAGGGUGUCAACCCUGAGAAACCCAUCGUCUCGAGCUGCGGAACCGGCGUAACUGCCUGUGUCAUUGAGACCGCUCUCGAGGAGGCUGGAUGGGGCUCUCCUGAGACGCGCAGAGUCUACGAUGGAAGCUGGACUGAAUGGGCACAGCGGGUCAAGCCUUCUGACUCACUCAUCAGGAAGAACGAGUAA